AUGGCAGGGCCAUCUCGCGGCCCAGACACACUCUCAGCUCCUCAGUGGCGACAGUUUACAUUCUUUGAGGCCGAGAGCGUAAAGGAUUCCGAGGACCUCGCGUCAUCACCGCGUUCUCUCCGAGACCUCCCACCGCCUAUCGUUGUGACACCGACUUCGCCUGGGUCGCCGCUCGCCCCGUCCGUCAUCGUCUCAUCCGGAAACAGCAUCACCAUCCUCGACCGGCACUUGGCCUCUGAGCGUAUCUUUACAGCAUGGGAAGGCUCUGGCCGUUCAACAGCGCUGGUGGAAGCCGCUGGCCUGCUGUUAGCCAUUGGUGAGGACGAGGGAACCAGGCAACCCGUCCUCAAAGUCUGGGACUUGACUCGCGAGGAGAAGAAGAAGGCGGGAGGUGGACCAGUUCUCAUGCGCAACGUCCGCAUCCAACAUUCGUCGGGACGACCCCAUCCUGUGUCCGCAGUGGCAUUGACCACCAACCUCUCCCACAUGGCAAUCGGCUUGGGUGACGGCACGGUCCUCCUCUACCGCCAUCUCUUACAAUCCCUCACCACUUCACCAACGGCUCUUACCUCCCUUCCAAAAGCCCGUGUGAUCCUGGAGGCCAAUGAGCGUGCACCCGAAGCCAUUACCGGCCUAGGCUUCCGCGAAGGGCCUGUUGCUGCCGACAAGACGGCGACGACAGCCACUGCCCUGUUCAUUGUCACCACCAACCGUGUCCUCUCGGCCCCAGUCUCGGCCAAGGGUGGAGAAGCCCGUGUGCUCGAUGACACUGGGUCGGGUCUUGGAUGUGCCACGAUGGACUGGGACCGCAAGGAGCUGAUCGUCGCUCGCGACGAAGCCAUUUACCUCUACUCGCCAGAUGGCCGUGGUGCGUGCUACGCGUACGAGGGACCAAAGUUGUUUGUCUCGGUGUUCAAACACAAUCUCGUCAUCGUAUCGCCGCCCAUCCACCCCGCGGGUGCGUCGGCUGCUCGCCGCCAGGCCCGCGCCGGUGAACCGUCAGACAUGGCCAAGAUGACGGUGUUCGACCUGCAAAACAAGUUUGUCGCCUACACGUCCGUGUUCCGCAACGGUAUCAAGGCACUCUUUGGCCAGUGGGGUGGUAUCUAUGUGUUUGAAGGCAAUGGCGACCUCUCGAGGUUGGAAGAGCACGCCACCUCUGCCAAGCUAGAAGUCUUGUACAAGCGCAACCUCUACAACCUCGCCCUCGACCUUGCCCGCUCUCAAGGUGUUGCAGACGCAGGCAUUGCCGACAUUCAUCGCCUUUAUGGUGACUAUCUCUAUGGCAAGGGUGACUUUGAUGGCGCCAUGAGCCAGUUUGUGCGGACUUUGGGUUUCGUGCAGCCAAGUUACGUGAUCCGCAAGCGCAUCAACAACCUCACGACCUACUUGCAAGAGCUGCAUGAACAAGGUCUUGCUAACCCUGACCACACGACGCUGUUGCUAAACUGCUACACCAAGACGUCGGAUCGCGCACGCCUCGACUCGUUUAUCAAGACAGAGGCGCGACGCUCCGAGUCGAGUGGUAUUGAUGCCCUUCCCUUUGACCUCGAAACCGCCAUUCGCGUCUGUCGGCAAGCUGGCUUCUUUGAGCACGCCACAUACCUUGCCAGAAAGUACGGCAAGCAUGAGGAGUAUCUCCGCAUCCAGAUUGAGGACGCCGAAGAGUACAAGGACGCUCUCAAGUACCUGCGCUCGCUUGGACACGAGGCGUGUGAAGAGAACCUUGUCCGCUACGGCCGCAGUCUCUUGCAACAUGAACCCCAGGCGACCACCGACCUGCUCAUCGACCUUUGCAGCGGAAACUUGGGGAGGAAGUCGCUUGAGCAUGACCACAUGCACCCAUCAGAUGGCAGGACGAAUGGGUCUGGACCGGCCAUGCUGUCAUAUCUGGGUGUGAAUCGCUUAUUUGGCAGCGAGGGCCUGACAUCACCGUCGCCCCAGGCCAACGGCACAUCGACGACUCCUGCUGGCGUUAGUGGUGCGGAGACGCCCGUUCUCGACUCGCCACUCGAGGAUGAACCCUCGUACAUUCCUCCUUCGCCUCGCCAGUUCUUUGCCCACUUCGUCGACCACCAGAACCUGUUCAUCCACUUUCUCGAGGACGUCGCCUUUGCCCUGUGGGGCCAAAAGAUUGACUCUGCACCAGUUCAACGCAACCAGCCGGUGGCACUGCGCGAUGUCAGUGCUACAGUCGCUCCCGACCCGGCCCUGGCGGACCAGCGCGCAGUGUGGAACACCCUCCUCGAGCUGUAUCUCGCGUCCACCAGUGCGGAUGAUGACGACACCGCGACAGUGGCCCGUGGCAAGGCCCUUGCCCUUCUGGCUUCUGGCGACUCGAUCCCUUACGACCCCAUGCACGCUCUCGUGCUCUGCUCCAUGGCUGACUUCACCGAUGGUCUUGUGGGCCUGUGGGAGAGCAUGGGCAUGUACGAGGACGUUCUCCGCCACUGGAUGGCACAAGACGAGACAGAUGAUGCGUCAGCUACCCUCACACGGCCAUCGGACGAGGUCCUCCGCUACCUCGACCUGUACGGCCCGACCAACAGGAGCCUCUACCCGCUCGUUUUGCGCUACCUCACGUCGUCGAGUGCGAUUCUCAAGCACCAGCAGGAAGCCCUCCCGCGCAUCCUUCAGACGAUCGACGAGGAGCGUAUCAUGCCUCCACUAAGCGUCGUGCAGCUCCUGAGUCGCAAUGGCGUAGCUUCCGUGGGCACCGUGAAGGACUGGCUUCGCUCCAAGGUCGAGGAGACGCAGCAAGAGAUCGAGGCGGACAAGACGCUCGUCCAGUCGUACCGCAGCGAGACGGCCACAAAGGAGAAGCAGAUUGCCGAGCUCACCAACACGCGCCAGCCCGAGGUGUUCCAGGUCACACAGUGCGCCGCAUGUGGUGGCCAGCUCGACCUCCCGGCCGUCCAUUUCAUGUGCAAGCACAGCUACCACCAGCGCUGUCUUUCAGACUCGGACCCCGAGUGUAUCCUGUGUUCGCAGCAGCACGCCAUGGUGCGCGAAAUUCGCCGGAACCAGACUCGUCUGGCAGACCGCCACGACCUCUUCCUCGGCGAAGUGCACGAUGCCGACGACGGGUUCGCUGUCGUCGCGGGCGCGUUCGGUCGCGGUUUGUUCCAGAAGGACGUUCCGACCGCUUAA